AGAGAGAGAGAGAGAGAGAGAGAGAGAGAGACAGGCAACUAUUGCAGGGAUCCAGUGCAACCAGAUAUCGUGCCAGUGAGCAUCAACCAGCUUUGCCGUGCUGUGCCUUCUGUUGCUGAGAGCGCCAGGAAAAAAAAAACACGAGUGAGAGGAAGAGUGUGAGUGAGAGAGAACGAAAGAGAGAAACAAACAUCCAUCCAUGGCUGAGGAGGAGUUGGAGCUGGUCUUUGUGGAGGACCUGCAGCUGACAGAGGUGAUGCGGAUUCGGGUGCAGACCCUGCAGCAGAAGGGCCAGAAGAGGCAGGACGGCGAGAGGCUGCUGCUGCCCUACGAGGCAGUCUACCGGCUGGACUUCUCCAAUCAGGAGCUGGCCUUCCUGCGCUGGAGGGUGGGCGUGAAAGGGCCCGGGCGUCUGUCCGUCACGGGCAUCUCGCAGCUGUGGACGCCCGACCUGACCAACCUGAUGACGCGGCAGCUGCUGGAGCCGACGGGCCAGUUCUGGCGCUCGGCCGGCGACCCCGACGACUCGCCGCUCAAGUGCCUUGAGGCCGACAUCCAGGAGUUCGGGGAGCGCAUCGCCGAGCUGGCCAAGGUGCGGAAAGUGAUGUACUUCCUGUUUGCCUUCAAGGAGGGCGCCGAGAAGGCCAACGUCAACUGCUCGGUCAUCUUUAAGCCCCUCUCAGGUUAGGAAACCAGAGAACAAACUUACAACUAACUCUGGUUACAGCUACAGCUAGUACUAUGGAUAGUUCUUACAACUAACUCUGUUUACAGUUACAGCUAGUACUAUGGAUAGUUGUUAUGACAACCUCUUUACUCGAAUGCUUUUUCACUAGGAGCAGUUAGGAACUAGAACGCACCACCACCUAGUUAUAGCUAGUACUAUGGCUAGUUUUUUUUUACAACUAACUCUAGUUAAAGUUUAAGCAAGAGCUAUGGCUAGUUCUUAUAGCCUAACUAACUACGCUUAAUAGUUUUUAAUAACUAACUCCAUCUUGUGCUGCUUCUCACGACAACAAAAUUCAUUAUAUAGAGUUCCAGAUCAACUCCUGUUCGACAAACUAUUGCUUGACUGUUUGAUUAUUAGGUUUAUGUCAUUUUAAAUUCUUUUGGAUAUUUUCUUCUGAAAGGAUCAGAUUGCAUUGAAUGUUGAAUUUCCAUCUGAAUCUUAAUAACAGACUUGACACCAAUUAUGACUAAUCCACAUUCUUACUUCAUUAUACUUAGUAAUUUAAUUCAAGAAUGUUUGAGAUGUUUACUUCAAAUCAUGUGCAAAUCAUGUGUUGUAAUUGUGAUCUAUACCAAACCUUUUCCGAAAAAUUAAGUGUAAUUGCAAACUGAGCAAAUAUGUGAAGUCACCAGUGCUAGUUUAAUUAAAUGACUAUUUUUCACACUGAUGUGAUUGAGUACUACUGCAUGUGUUAUUGCAUGACUUUACGGACGAAAGUGUAAACCAUGGGUGCAUGUGUGCAUGUGUACAUGAAUGUGUGCGCAUUGCUCUAGUCUAAAUUAACACCAGCCACUGGCCAAAUGCUGGUGAUAUUGCAGUUAGGCUCUUAGAAACAACCAACUUACUAGCCACUUUGACCCAUUAGUGAGUGUGUGUUUGGCUAGUAAGAUUAACAUCUAAAAAAGUUAAUUUAGAGCCCUGUGUGUGAGUGUACAUGUAUGGUUAUGUGCAAGCAAGCGUGUGUGUACUGCAUGGGUUUGUGUGCGUGUCUGCAUCUCUUGGAUAGUGUUGCCAGAUGUGUCUGAUCAAGUCCCGCCCAAAAGGUUCUCAAAAAACGCCAAAAUGUGCUGAAUUCCGCCCAAUUUCAUCAAAUUGCAUUGAUUUCAAUGGGCACAAAGCUGCAGAAAAAAACGACAAAUGGGCAAUUUUUCCCAUUUUUACCCGCAGACGGCCAUCCCAAGUAGCCAAUCUGGCAACACUGCUCUUGGCUGGGCUGCUCUAUGCAGCACAGUACAGCAGCUCCCUGCCUCUGCCUCUACUGUGGUCAGUGAGUCUAUAGAAGGUCAGCAUUGCUCUGCCACCGCAAUCAGCCAGCAGAGCCAGCAGGGGGACCGAUCGAUACAUGCUGUCAUCAUGGGCUGAAUAUCCCUGGUUGACACACAAGGGGACAUACUGUACCCAGUACCCACCCCCUGCAUCAUGACAGAGGACAUCUGUAGUACAGGAUCACAACUCAGUGUUCUCCCCCACAAACCAAGUGGCGUUGUGUGGGGCUAUGGGCAAAAACAUUGGACCAGUGGUAGUGCUAUGUCUGCACCAGCAUUGACAUGAAUGUUCUGCUGUUGAUCAAUUUGUGGUGCUGCGCUAAAGACUGGAGUAUGUAUGGGAAACACUAAACAUGAUAAAAAGAACCAGGUACAAUAAAUAAGCACACUCCAGUUCGUCAGUAGUAGCUGUAGUAGCGGGCAAGAGAAGCUUUGAUGAAUAUCAAGGAAAACGCUCUUCACUUUUCACUGCAUCCACUGGGUCAAAGAUUUUAAUCGUUCCCUUGUACAUACAUAUGAAUCUAGUUAUCUGCCACAGCUUCCAAUAUACUGUACUGUAACCUGCAUAUUCGGACACGUCUUGCCUGCGACUGCUGAGUGGAUCUGGCAAAUGAGGAAGCGGCACCUUAUUAACUCGGUGUCACAACCUUCACGUCCUGCGAUGGUAUUGGCAGUGCUGACGACAGCAAACGAAAACUGCCCUGCGCUCUACGACUGCAGAAUAGAGGUCAUCCUAAACCAGGGAGAAAGAAUGCAAACUAUGUGCACACAUACCUUAACCCUACCCCUGAGAUACAGGGCAAGUGCAUAC